AUGGCGAUUUCGGCUCCAGCCGCUUGUUCUUCCUCCUCUAGACUCAUAUGUUCCUACUCCUCUCCUUCCCCUUCUCUCUGCCCCGCCGCUGUUUCCGCCAUUUCCACCUCCGGCAAGCUCAACACCCUAAAUCUCUCUUCCUCCUUCCUCCCUUCAUACUCAUUGGCUAGUCUCUCCUCCACCACCUCCGCUUCUAAAUCCACCCGCCGCUCUUUCACCGUGCGAGCUGCUCGUGCGAAGUUCGAGAGGAAGAAGCCUCACGUGAACAUCGGCACGAUUGGACACGUUGACCAUGGGAAGACCACUCUAACCGCAGCUCUCACCAUGGCUCUAGCUUCAAUUGGAUCCAGCGUCGCUAAGAAGUACGACGAGAUCGACGCCGCGCCGGAGGAGAGAGCUCGCGGUAUCACAAUCAACACCGCCACGGUCGAGUACGAGACCGAGAACCGUCACUACGCUCACGUCGACUGCCCUGGUCACGCCGAUUACGUCAAGAACAUGAUUACCGGAGCUGCUCAAAUGGACGGAGCUAUCCUCGUCGUCUCCGGCGCCGAUGGUCCUAUGCCGCAGACGAAAGAGCAUAUCCUUCUCGCCAAGCAGGUCGGCGUUCCCGACAUGGUCGUCUUCCUCAACAAAGAGGACCAAGUAGACGACGCGGAGUUGCUAGAGCUCGUUGAGCUUGAGGUGCGUGAGCUUCUCUCGUCGUAUGAAUUUAACGGUGACGAUAUCCCGAUUAUCUCUGGCUCUGCACUUUUAGCCGUAGAGACUCUCACCGAGAACCCCAGUGUGAAGAGAGGCGAUAACAAAUGGGUAGACAAGAUUUACGAGCUCAUGGACGCUGUUGAUAGCUACAUCCCAAUCCCGACGAGGCAAACCGAUUUGCCCUUCUUGUUAGCUGUUGAAGAUGUGUUCUCUAUCACCGGACGUGGUACAGUGGCCACGGGACGUGUCGAGAGAGGCACGGUUAAGGUAGGAGAGACUGUAGACUUAGUGGGUUUGAGGGAAACUAGGAGCUACACAGUCACUGGGGUCGAAAUGUUUCAGAAGAUUCUCGACGAGGCUUUAGCUGGUGACAAUGUAGGAUUGUUGCUUAGGGGUAUUCAAAAGGCUGAUAUUCAGAGAGGUAUGGUUUUGGCAAAGCCCGGGUCGAUUACUCCGCAUACCAAGUUCGAGGCGAUCGUGUACGUGUUGAAGAAAGAAGAAGGUGGAAGGCAUUCUCCGUUCUUUGCAGGGUACAGGCCUCAGUUCUACAUGAGGACGACGGAUGUUACGGGUAAAGUGACGAAGAUUAUGAACGACAAGGAUGAGGAGUCGAAGAUGGUUAUGCCCGGUGAUCGAGUGAAGAUUGUUGUUGAGCUUAUUGUGCCGGUUGCUUGUGAACAAGGGAUGAGGUUUGCUAUCAGAGAAGGAGGUAAGACUGUUGGUGCUGGAGUUAUUCAGUCUAUCAUCGAAUGA